AUGGCUCAGGAACUUCCUUUAGUCGACCCAGCUAAAAUUAGAACUUUGCUGGUGCCGAUUGGUCAAUGGACGCGCUCUAACUUCACCGAAAAGGUGGAAGCCUUGCAGGAACGAUUUGAAGCACGUUUGGUCGACAUAACACCCAUUGAAGACUCUCACUUCAAUCCACAAGGAUUUCCACAAGGCAGACUGUUUUUUGACUUCCACACCAGUCUAUUCGAAGCGGAGCAAUCGCUUUUUUUACACGAUUUCGAGCUGUAUCGUAAAACAUUCGUGGUAAUAGGUCUUGUCAAUGCAGAAGCCCAAAAACCAGAGAUUGUGCUCGAUAGGCUACAAAAAAGAUAUCCAGACCCUAUAUCUCACAAUCUUCUGUAUUUCGACGGGAAGCAGCUUUCGCAAGAUCGAAACAUCUAUUGCGCCUCAACAACAAACCUCGAAACAAUUGUAUGCGACAUUGGCAGAGACUUCCUAGAGGCCUUGGGCCGUUAUUAUACCUCCUACAAACAUGUAACACUUCGAUCGCCCGGUGCUAUUGGAGGCACAUCCAUCACAAAGACCUCCCUCAUGCGACAGCCAUCAGUGGCCAUAUCGACCUCAGCUUCCGCGCGAGUGACGUCUAACCCCAUCGAAUCCACAGUGAGCAAUAGCAUUAAAAGAAGCGCUUCUCUUAAAUCACUAGCACUCAAUUCUUCUGCAUCAUCCGAUCAACAUAGAGCCAAGGCGCGCCAAACCAAAAUUUUGGGGAAUUUCAAACUGCUGGCAGGACAAUAUCUCGACUCUCUCAAUAGCUUCGCAGAAGCUGCGACAACCUUGCACAAAUAUCACGACUACAUUUGGCUUGGUAGCGCCUUGGAAGGUCUGGCGCUUUCCGUGGUACUUUUGACAUACUUGCGAGUCUCCUUCCAAAUUCCUUCCAUCAUCUCUGCCAUCUGCUCAGUCAAGGAUUUUGAAAAUUCUUCUGCCAGCGCUGUCCCUCAGCGGAACAGUGUCUCUUCGGCAACCAUACAAUCUCCUAGAAAUUCAUUGAGUUCCAAAUCCUCGAGAUUCAAUGUUAUAGAGUCACACACUGUCGCCAUUCCACUUUUGAUCAAGUGCAUAAGCGACAAAGUUUUACAUUAUUAUGAAAUGAGUACCUCCCAUAAUACCGAAUACGCUCCUCAAAUUGUAUAUUGUGAGCAUAUUUUGCGUAUCGCUAGGUUCAUGGCCUACUGUCAUUCUCACAACGAGUUGGAAAGAGACUUGUUCAAGCCUUCUUACUUUUGUGAGCCUUCCAAAGCUUCAGGUCUAAGCUUGAAUGGUACGUGCUCUUUCAAAGAGUAUUUUAGCAAAAUGGAUGUUUGUCUCACUGCUAAUAGGCUUUUCGAAUUACAGCUGAAAGAGAUGAAUAUCUUUUCCCAGAUCAAAGUGUACACAUCACUAGCCGUACUUUAUCGCAAUUUGGGAUUCAAAAGAAAAUAUGCUUUUAUUUUACGCAUCCUUUUAGUGAGCUUGCUGCCGCGUAAUGUUUCUGACAGUGUCGUGAGUGUUCUAGACAGUGACCAUCAUGAUAUACUUUUGACACUUAUUCAGGCCUAUCGAAUUGAUAGGCAGCCAGAAACCCUGAUAAACGAUGCGGCUAGCUGCACCUGGGUGACCAUACAGAAGAAUAUACUCAUGCUGGCCAUAAACAUGUCCGCUAAGACGCAAAACAAACAAAAAGUUCGCGAGUUUUCGUUGAUGCUCUUGCAAAAGUACUCCCACGCACUCACGCGAAGUGAGCAACUAAACCUUUUCCGGAAUAACAUUUUACCCAACAUCAAUGACCAAAGGAAUUUUUCCUACUGGGAUCCCUUUUUGUUGAGAAGGCUAAACAUUAUCCAGCUUGAGAAUCACAGAGAAGUACCUCGAAAGAGACACAUUGCCUCACAAAAGCCCAAAAAUAGUACUCAGAGACACUCUCAGGUAUUCAACCCCUUCAAGGACCUAGGUGUGCGUGAUUUGACAGAUAAAUCGAAAAAUCAAGAUAUGGUUGCAGAGUUUUUAUUAGGAGAAUCAGCAGAAUUGGUUGUUGUGCUUCAAAACCCUUUCAAAUUUGACCUAGAAAUUACUCAACUCUCUUUUAAUAAAUGCGACGAGGACUUUGUCAAAUUUUUGGGCGACAGCGUAAGACGAGAACUUCCAUUCAUCGUCAAGCCCAAUUCUAUGGCAUCUGUUCAUUUUCCUGUUAUAUUUACGAAGAAAACUGAUGCCGCUCAUGAAAUUACAGAACUCCAAGUUGGUGUGUUUGGGCUGCCACCUACGCUGUUCCCCAUAGUCACUGCCGAAAAAAGCAAGAACGACUCCGCGUCGAGCGGCAAGCGCGCAAAAUCCGGGCUAUUCAAAUUUCAUGUCAUAAAUGAACAACCUCAGAUCGAGUUUGUGAGCAGCACUCUUGAUGAAAACUGUAUCAUGAUGCUUGAUGGCACCAAACAAACGUUUGACAUUGUAUUGAGAAAUCAAUCGUUGGGCAAACCUGCCAAUUACCUCGAGUUCACACACGUAACAAAUGUGGAAUCUGAUAUGAGCGCAGAUUACUGGAAGAAACUAGCGCCUGACGACUUAUUUGACGUUGAAAAACAACUAGAAUGGACCCAAAAGAAGUGCAUAAAAAUAAGAAAUCUGCCGAAAGAAAUACCUGCCAACAGCAGUGUAACGCUGACGGUUGAUAUCGACGCGUCCCAAGCUCCAUUCCAAUUUACAAAAUUUGAGAUUAAUUUGAUGUAUGGAUGCAAAACAGAGGAAAGCAGCUCCUCAGUGUAUGCGAAAUCUUUGUCCAUGCCCUUCAACAUCUCUCUGAGAAGAAGCCUAGAGGUGCCAAGUCUUGAAGUUAUGCCGGCAUCCAAAGAACUUCUAGAAACAGAGGGUUCUUUCUUACAGCAUUCGCAUUCCAGCAUUCAGACGCUCGACACAAAUAGUUCGGCGCUGCUACUCAUAGACAUCCGCAAUUCCUGGGAUGAAAACGCCACCGUCUCUGUUCAUUUCCGUGAUUUUCAUAGCAAUGCAGAAACGCUUUGCUCCCACAGCACCAAGAGAUUUGUUAUCCCGAUUACGAAUAUCCAUCCGUCGGUCAAUUGGGGUGCCAAAGAGAUACCAAAGUUGGUUGGCGGACGUCAAUUUGUGAGUAGUGGCCUGACACGAGAUCAGCUCAUCGCAAUGCGUCGUAGUUUUUGGUGUCGUGAGAUGCUUAUUGAGUCGCUUAAAUGCGACUGGAAGUUCCACAAUACCACCAAGACAAGAGGCACAGUUCAUUUCCGCCAAUUCCUCGACAAGAUCGAUCCUCGUACGGUUGACAUACUGUGCCAGCACCGCGAUGUGCCCUAUCACGUGACUUUAUCCUCGUCUAAGGCUAAAGUUUUACUCGGUGAAAGUGUCAGACUCGAAGCCAAAGUGUCCACGAGCGAGACCCAUAUUACGGACGAGCAUGGUCUAGUACGCCUCGAGUUUAUUAUCUACAAUCGUCGUACAGGACUGGCUCUUCCAAGCUCAAAUACAAGACUUCUCUACAACGGCCAACUUUCAUGUCUCACGAGCCCCAACAAAGACAAUCCAGCUGUACUGAGUAUCACGCCGAUAGAUCCAGGCGAUUAUGAAGUCGGUUGUUGUAUCAACUCGUUGUAUUUCAACGAUCAACCACAAUAUUUUCGUGUGGAACGACCCAUAUCGUCAAUUUUGGAGGAAGUUCAAUGA